AUGAGGCCGUUGUUUCUUAUGGGACACGCCCGUCCCCUGACAUGGGUGACGUUUAACCGCGACGGAGACCUCCUCUUCACUUGUGGCAAGGACGCCCGCUUGGCUGUCUGGUACUCUGAGAACGGCGAACGCAUUGGCACCUACGACUGCGGCAAGGGUGUGGUGUGGAACUGCGACUGCACUCUCGACAGCAAGCGCUUGAUCUGCGCGUCCGCAGACCAGAAAGUCAUGGUUUUCGACGUGUGCAGCGGCGCCAUUCUCCACGAAAUCCCCGAGGGCGGUCCCUGCAAAUUCGUUGAGUGGAACAGAAAGCCCGAUGAGCAGAACAAGUUCGUCGUCGUGCACGACGCCUUCGGCUCGCAGUCGACCAAGGCGAUCAAAGUUUGGCAGGCAAGUAAAGGGGAACUGGAUGGUCCGAACGGCAAGCCGCGACGCCUCUGGUCGCAGGACGACUACGCCAGCCGCUGCGUGCAGGUGCGCUGGGGCCCCUACGACCAGACCAUCAUCUCGUGCCACGAGAACGGCGACAUUAUGGUCUGGAACGCCGAGACUGGCGAGUACAUCAACGAGUUCCGCGCACACAAGCAGUUCAUCACGUGCCUUAGCUUCUCCGAGGAUCGCCUCCUCAUGCUCUCCAGCUGCUCGGACGGCUCGGCGAAGCUGUGGGACACCGUCGACUUCAAGUGCCUCAAGACCUACCAAACCGACAGACCGCUGAACGCUUGCGACAUCUCGCCGCGAUUCAACAAGAGUGGGGAGGAGCGCAAAUGUCACGUCAUGCUGGGAGGCGGUCAGGCAGCAGAGGAUGUCACAACGACCGCGAGUGGAGAAGGAAAGUUCGAGGCGCUCAUCUACCAUAUGGUGUAUCAGGAAGAGCUGGGAAGCUGCAAGGGUCACUUCGGUCCGCUGAACACUCUGUGCUGGAUGCCGGAUGGAAACGGCUAUGCCUCCGGGGGAGAAGACGGUUACGUUCGUAUCUAUCAUUUCGAUGAGACGUAUUUCACCGACAAGUUUGAGCCUUAG